AUGUUCAAGAUUAAUUGUUAUGAAGAUGGACUUAAUGUAUUGAUCGCCUCAAUAAAAAAUCAAAUGCAUUAAUCUAUUAGGAAAAACAAAUUCUAAAUUUAGGAUAUUAGAAAGAACGAUGAUAUUGAAAUAACAUCAAAUCUACUUUCUGUUAGAUCUUCUAUUCGAAACUGUAUUGGAAACUCAUAAACAUUAAGUCGCUAUUCAAGAUUAAAAGACACAAAAAGGAGAUAUUCUUUAUUACCUUUAAAAAACAAUCGCUUUAGAUCUCCAUUAAAAGAAAAGGCAAAACUUAAAUCCAGAGAUUUAAUCAAAGAGAAAUUAAUGAACUAAAAUUUCGAAAUACGAGCAUGGACUAUUCCAAAUACUAACCAAACUGAUUAAUAAUGA